GGGGCCGCGGCCGUCCUAGGGGGUGGCACCGCGCGGCGGUCACGUAGCUCAGGUUCGCGGGCUCCGGCUGUAGGCGCUUCGUUUAGUUCCUGUGCACAAGUCGCCGCCGUUUCUCCGCCAGCAUGCCGAUGUUCGUGGUGAACACCAACGUCCCCCGCGCCUCCGUGCCGGACGGGCUCCUUUCCGAGCUCACCCAGCAGCUGGCGCAGGCCACCGGCAAGCCGGCCCAGUACAUCGCGGUGCACGUGGUCCCAGACCAGCUCAUGGCCUUCGGCGGCUCAAGUGAGCCGUGCGCGCUUUGCAGUCUGCACAGCAUCGGCAAGAUCGGAGGCGCGCAGAACCGUUCCUACAGCAAGCUGCUGUGCGGCCUGCUGGCCGAGCGCCUGCGCGUCAGCCCGGAUCGGAUCUACAUCAACUACUACGACAUGAACGCGGCCAACGUGGGCUGGAACGGCUCCACCUUCGCCUGAGGGCCACGCCUGCCCGACCCGCCUGCCCCAGAUCCUGCCGCCCGCGAGAUUGUGCCCGCCUCGCCCCCAGCGACCCCCACCUCCAAGUCGGGACAAAUAAACGGUUUGGAGGCUGCA